AUGCUGGACACGGCAAACAGCCAGUACAACUCCUUCCUGUAUUGGAGGAUGCCCAUCCCGGAGCUCGACCUGGCGGAGCUGGAGGGGCUGGGGUUGACUGACGCGGCGCUCUACAAAGCCAAAGGAGGUGUGGGCAAGCGGUCCGGGGCCUGGAAGCAGCUCAGGCAGGACAUCUACGAGGAAGAGGACACUCUCCUGCAGUUCAACAGCUUCAAUUUCUGGCGCACGCCGAUAGCCAGCGUUAGCGUGUUCGAUUUUGAUCUGGUCUGA